AUGAGCCGGCAGCUGGGCCCGCGGCGCUCGGAUGGGGAGGACGAGGAGGAGGAGGAGAGCGGCAGCGUGGGGGCCCAGGAGGUGGAAGGGGGCAGGGGCGUCCAGGGGCAGCCCCGCCGGCAGGGGGAGCCCGAGGGGAAGCCUCCCUACUCCUACAUCGCGCUCAUCACCAUGGCCAUCCUGCAGAGCCCGCAGCAGAAGCUGCCGCUGAGCGGCAUCUGCGCCUUCAUCCGCGGCCGCUUCCCCUACUACCGGCGGCGCUUCCCCGCCUGGCAGAACAGCAUCCGCCACAACCUCUCGCUCAAUGACUGCUUCGUCAAGCUGCCGCGGGAGCCGGGCAGCCCGGGCAAGGGCAGCUACUGGGGCCUGGACCCGGCCUCGCAGGGCAUGUUCGACAACGGCAGCUUCCUCCGCCGCAGGAAGCGCUUCAAGCGCCCCCCGCCGCCGCCCGCCCCGGCCCCGCUCUGCCCGCCCUGCGCCCUGCUGCCCCCCGAGCCCCUGCGCUCCGUGCCGCCCGAGGCCCGGCUCCCGCUGCACCCCGCCUGCCCCCUGCCGCGCCAGCGGGCGGCCGGCUGCGCCCUGCAGCUGGGGGUGCUGCUGCUGCGCGAGCAGGAGGCGGCCGGGGCACAGCAGGUGGCCGCUCCCCCCGGCCGUGGCUGCUCCUUCAGCAUCGAGAGCAUCCUGAUGGGCAGCGAGCCGGCCCCCAGCCCCCUGCUGCCGCCGGCCGCCGCCUGGGCUUGCGGGCCCCAGCUCCUGCCUCGCACCCCCUGCCUGCUGCCGGCCGCCUUGCUCGGCGUGGCAUCGCCGUGGGACACCGCCUGCUGCGCCCCGGGGGUCGGGAAGGGCACCCGCCUCCUGCGGCCCAGCCCUGGUGCGGCGGCGGUGCUGGGCUGCCAGCCCGGGCCGGACCCGGCCAGGCCGCUGCCCCUUGGAGCGGCUGCGUGGGGAGCGCCGGCCUCCUUCUAG